AUGAUGGUACAUUCGGUCCUGACACAAUUAAAAGAUGUGGCGGCAACUAUUGCCAUUCUCAAUGGGGUUAUUGUGGUAAUACACCUUUGGACGAAUAACUUGCUCGAUAAACUAGAUGAAUAUGGCAUAAAAACUACAUUCUCUGUCAAUGGUCACAACGAUGAUGCAUAUUUGUAUACAAAUCAUAACUUUGCAAUCUUCAGGUCACUUAAUCGCCCAUCACAUAUGGUCUCACCAUACUUGACAGGUGUCAGUGCUGAUGAAGCAAAUUAUCAAAUGGAAUUCUUAAAUGAGGCAUUUAAGAAAAUUCUCGGUGUUACUCUAAAAUAUUUCCGGUCAUCGUACGGUGAUGGCGUUAAUAAUGCUAACGUAAGAUCUGCUAUGUUAGCAAACGGAAUGGAUGAAUUGAUUUCUCAAGCAAUUGACAAUGGGUAUUGGUUUGAUACGGUGGCAGGGUGUAAUGGAGAUUGGGACUCAAGUAAUUGGUAUAAUAUUGAUACCGGUUAUUUUGGCACGAGGGACGAACUUGGAAUAUUAAAUCGAUUAAAUUUUGCUAUCUAA